UUUCAGGUUGCCAUGGCGACCGGACAAGUGCUUUUUCAUCGCUUCUUCUACUCGAAGUCUUUCGUGAAACACAGUUUUGAGAUUGUUGCCAUGGCCUGUAUGAACUUGGCUUCAAAGAUCGAAGAAGCCCCUCGGCGAAUUAGAGACGUCAUCAAUGUGUUUCAUCAUUUAAGGCAGCUCCGAGGCAAAAGCGACCAGCUACAUUUACCAAUGCCUGGGUGAUGUGGAAUGGUACGUAGAGAUGAAGCAGUCGGCAUGGCAACAGUGAGCGAGGUGUCGCUUCCCCCCCUCCCCCGGGAGAAGCCAGUGGUCUGAAAGCGGUCACUGGGAUAUCGGGGAUCGACAGGUUGGCCGCUGGUCCGAAGCGUCUGGGUGACUCCUGUAUCUCAGUUUAAGCUUAUUGUCUCUGCCAGCACAGGUGAUGAUCUAAAUUUUUAUUUCAUUAUCAAGAGACACCUCACCACACAUGUCAUAGCUUCCACAGAAAUAUCUCACUCUGCACAUCCAAGAUUGAAAUCUCUUGUAUGUUCACAUGACAGGAGUUGUGAGGGUUGCACACUGAGAAUGUGCUUUUUUUUUUUUUUUUUUUUUUUGCGUUGUAAUAUAUUAUUUCGUAAUAUAAGCAUUAUGUUUGGAUCGGGUGUUUUAGACACUUUAUUGUCCAAAAUGCACUAUUAAAAGUUGUUAUACAAAGGGCAGUCAUCAAUGUCAGGUUGUCAGAGCUGUUUUGUGAGAUCAUGUGUGCAUUUCACCUUCGAAAUCACUUAACCGUAUUGUUUAGUGUAGAUUUUUAUGAUUAUUAUGAUUUCAGAUGUAAUUGUAUGACAUUAAGCUAAAAAUGUUAUUAAUGUUUUACGAAAUAUUUCUGGAUGUCAUGUCAGUGAAAAUUAAAACAUUCAGAUAAUAUUAAAAUAUAAACAAUUUUCUCUCUUUUCUGAUGAAAGAGAGAGAAAAGGUAAAUUAUUAAUAAAAAAAUCUGUUAGUUUGAUAAAAUGUAGGCAUCCCCGCUCCCCCUCUUUUUCCGUUACUGGAUAAUUGAUUUUAUAAUAUCGUUACAACGUAGUUUUGGUAAAAUAUUAAAUGUAAAGUGUUUCUCUUGAUAUCAUAACUGGACAGUUAUAUAUUUUUUAAUAGCUAAAAGAGUACAAGAAUAAAAUUAAUUUAGUUGGUUAGUAUUUUUUUUGCUGUUGUAUUGCAGAUUUUGAUCACAUGGUGAAGGUGACCAGUGUUAUUUACGCGAUUACCUUACACACCUUGAAGUGCUAUUCUCAAAUCGUGAAUCAGCAUUGUUAUCAUGUUGUCAUGAACUUGUUCUUCAAGUAGUUUUUGAUAAAAAGCUCACAUCUGUUUUUUUUUUAAUGGUUAUGCUGAGUCUGUAUACUGUGUGUAUACUGUUUUUAAAUCUUUUGUUUUUUACCUGGUUAGUGUAUUGUGAUAUUGGUUAGUGCAUUUAUAGAAAAACGUUUUUUGUUUGUUUGUUUGUUUGUUUGUUUUUUAUAUAUAUUCUGUUGAAGCUAUGAUGUGGUGAGAGGUGGAGCAUUUUCUUUUUCCUCUAACAGUCACUUGCGGCAGUACUAAAAGUCUUAAACUGAAAUUACAGGAGUCAAAAAACUGGACCUGUUGCCUGUAGUUGGUUGAAAGGGAAACAGAAUGAUUUAAAUUGAAAAUGAAGCAAACAAAAGGCACUUUUUCAUUGUCUUAAAUAGUAUUUGGGUUUGGGGAAACCAUUUUACUUUCGUUCCUUCAUGAAUCAGGAGUCCAAGUCCAUUGAUACUUGAUCAGAACUACAUAAACACCAAAAACCAGGUGAUAAAAGCUGAACGGCGUGUGCUGAAGGAGCUGGGCUUCUGCGUCCACGUCAAACACCCACACAAGAUUAUCGUCAUGUAUCUGCAAGUCCUUGAAUGUGAGAAGAACCAAACGUUGGUCCAGACAGCAUGGAACUACAUGAAUGACAGCCUUCGCACUAAUGUGUUUGUGAGAUUUCAAGCUGAGACCAUUGCCUGUGCCUGCAUUUACCUCGCUGCACGAGUGCUACAGAUAUCGCUACCCUCUCGGCCACUCUGGUACCUGUUGUUUGGUGCUACAGAGGAGGAGAUCAAAGAUAUAUGUACAACCACUCUUAAAUUGUACACCAGAAAAAAGCCAAAUUAUGAAUUCCUGGAGAAGGAAGUGGACAAGAGGAAGGUGGCUCUACAGGAAGCCAAACUGAAAGCCAAAGGACUGAAUCCAGAUGGCACUCCUGCUCUCUCCACAUUGGGUGGAUUCUCUCCUGGAUCCAAACCAUGUUCUCCUAAUAUAAUGAAGGCAGAUGAGAAGUCUCCCAACCCUCAAACGCUCAAGGCCACGAAGAAAGAACCAGAAGAUCGGCCGCAGGGCUCUAAGAGCCCACACAACGGACUCAGGAAGGAUAGCAAGUUAGGUCGGAACAGCAGGAGUGCAAGUCGUUCUCGUUCCAGAACGAGAUCCCGGUCCAGAUCUCGCUCUCCCAGACGACAUUACAAUAACAGGCACAGUCACUCAGGCACCUACAGCUCUCGCUCCCGGAGCCGCUCUCACACCCGCAGCCCAUCUCCACGGCGACAUGCCAACCACGGCCCUCCGUCUCCCCUCCUGCCACACUUGAAGUCCAAGCAGCGCUCAGACGAUCUGCACCAGCACAGCAGACACGGUCACAAAAGGAAACGGUCGCGCAGCCGCUCUCGUUCCACCAGCAAGCCCCGCGAGCGGGACAGAGAGCGAGAGAGAGAACGGGACCGGGAUCGAGGUUCCUCUGACCUGGCGAAGAAGCACAAGCACGAGCGUAGCAGCGGCGGCCAUCACCGCGAACGGCGGGAACGCUCACGCUCGUACGAACGCUCUCAUAAAGGCAAACAUCACAGCAGCAGCCAUUCAAGCCACAGUCGACACAGACGCUGAGUGUUUUCUUGUUACACGUCUGUGAGACUGAGAGUGCAUUUGUGUUCGAUUAAAGCGGUCCAUGUUGACCUAGUUGUCUGUUUUACUUUUUUGAUUUCUCUUGUGUUAUUUUGCUGUUUUAGUUUUAAAUGUUGAAAGGAUAUGAAACUAAAUAUUUACAGUGUAAAGAUGGGUUCAAUGUUGAUGUUAUAUGGGAAAUGCUUUGAUUUAUAAAAGCAAAGGUGGGAAAAUCACUAGUUACGUAGAAAAAUGAAAAAAUGUUUUCAGGACAGACAACGAUACUUUGCACAGCUAUUGGAAAAAUUAAUAAAGAUGCUCUGCUGAUGAAAGAAAAUUGGUUACUCUGAAAAUAGAUCAUAUUUUUUUACAGCUGGAUGCAGACUUUUUCUUUUUUUUGGAUCAUGGUGACUGUUGCACUGGUUUUUAGUCUGCACGUCUUCAAUGUCUGAUUUUUACUCAAUAAAAAGUGAAUUAUU